CGUCCGGACCACCCCCGCGCGCCGGUGGUCUACGAGGCUCGCGAGUCCCGAGGCGGGAGAGGUCGCGCUGUGCCUCGCGCGGGGCUCCCCCAUCAGGCCGCCUCCAGCCCCAUGAGGACCCCCAGGCCGAGGCUGAGAGCCUGGAGCAGCCGGGCCGGAAAUCUUGCGGCGGCCCCAGCGCGGUAGACAGGAUGCGGCUGGGCCGCCGGGCCCUGUGCGUGUCGGUGCUGCUGUUCGCCUGCGCCUCGCUGGGGCUCCUGUACGCCAGCACCCGGGACGCGCUGGGCCUCCGCGCCCCUCUUGCGCCGUGGGCGCCCCUGCAGGGCCCCCUCAGGCCAGAGUUGCCACACCUGGACCCCGAGCCCCGCUACGCGCACAUCCCGGUCCGGAUCAAAGAGCGAGCGGUGGGGCUGCUGGCCCAGAACAGCUGCACUUGUGAGCCCAGCGGGGGCGGCCUGUCCCUCCCCUUCCAACGGCAGAUUCACGCCAAGGACCUGACCAAGGCCUUUGACCCCGAAGAGCUGCCCGCUGCUUCUGCCUACCGUGAGCAGGAAUUCCAGGCCUUCCUCCAAAGGAGACAGUCUGCUGCUGACCAGCUGCUGAUAGCCCCUGCCAACUCCCCCCUCCAGUACCCCCUGCAGGGAGUGGAGGUGCGGCCCCUCAGGAGCAUCUUGGUACCAGGACUGAGCCUGCAAGCGCCUUCUGGUCAGAACAUAUACCAGGUGAACCUGUCUGCCUCCUUGGGCACCUGGGAUGUGGCAGGGGAAGUGGCUGGAGUGACACUCGCUGGUGAGGGGCUGCCUGAUCUCACCCUUAGCAGCUCAGGCCUGGACCAACUCAAUCGGCAGCUGCAACUGGUCAUCUAUAGCAGCCAAAACUACCAGGCCGACACAGCGGACACAGUUCGAUUCUCCACCGAGGGACAUGAGGCCGUCUUCACCAUCCGCAUACGACACCCUCCCAACCCUCGAAUCUAUCCACCUGGGUCUCUCCUGGAGGGAGCCUCCUACAACAUCAGCGCUCUGGUCACCAUCGCCACUAAGACCUUUCUUCGCUAUAAUCGGCUCCGAGCACUCAUCAACAGUAUCCGCCGUUUUUACCCGACGGUCACUGUGAUCAUCGCCGACGACAGCGACAAGCCUGAGAGCAUCAGCGGCCCUUACAUCGAGCACUAUCUCAUGCCUUUCGGCAAGGGCUGGUUCGCAGGCCGGAACCUGGCCGUGUCCCAGGUGGCCACCAAGUACGUGCUGUGGGUGGACGACGACUUCAUUUUCACGGCGCGCACGCGCCUGGAAAAGCUCGUGGACGUGCUGGAGCGGACGCCCCUGGACCUGGUCGGGGGCGCGGUGCGCGAGAUCUCGGGCUUCGCCACGACUUAUCGGCAGCUGCUGAGCGUCGAGGCCGGCGCGCCGGGCCGAGGGAACUGCUUUCGGCAGAAGCGCGGCUACCACCACGAGCUCGUUGGCUUUCCCGACUGCGUGGUCACCGACGGCGUGGUCAACUUCUUCCUGGCGCGCACCGACAAGGUGCGGGAGGUCGGCUUCGACCCGCGCUUCCGCCGAGUCGCGCACCUGGAGUUCUUUCUGGACGGACUUGGUUCCCUCCGGGUGGGAUCCUGCUCGGACGUGGUUGUGGAUCAUGCCUCCAAGGUGAAGCUGCCUUGGGCCUCCAAGGAUGCAGCGGCCGAUACUUACUUCCGGUACCGGUACCCGGGAUCACUGGACGAAAGCCAGGUAGCCAAACACCGCCUGCUCUUCUUCAAGCACCGGCUGCAGUGCAUGACUGACGAGUGACCCACCGAGGAACUCUCCGAGCCUUGCAAAUAUCAGGCUGGGCCUGCUCUUUGUCCCUGACAGGACUUUCUAGCAAACCCACCUGGUGAACACUCAAGUGACUGGCCCCAAGCCCUGAGGACCCCCACCCCCACCCCCAUCCCCUUCAGCUCCCAAAGAGGGGCUUGUCCUGGCGACACUCCUUUUCAUGCGAGUGCCAGAGGCAGGACAGAGCCAUAACGCCCACAGCCAGUGCCAAGUUCUCCCCCCAACCCCUUUCUCAUGGGGCAGGAAGUUGGGGGUCACUUUCCAAGUGCCAAAGAGCCCCAGGGGACUCUAAGAACCUAAAGUGGAAACAUUCUCCUCUUGACUCCUUGGAACUGAGGGGGUGGAAGCCCCCAACAUGUGUUUCCCGGGCUGUGCCCCAUGUCUGGAUCCAGGACUCUGUGCACCGGCUCCAGCCCCGACCCCAUGGAGAGAACUGGGGGUUCGUGAGCUGGAGUGGGGGCUGGUGAACACAGGUGAAAGCCAUUUUCA